AUGGAUGAUUACGAGGAUUCUGAAGAGAUAGAUUCCGGUCUCCCAGAUGAGAAUGAUGACCACAGUACAUUGAAACCAUGUCAACAACGACUAGGUUUAUCUUCAAAAUAUGUCAGAAAUUGGACAAAGUCAAACGCAUUUCGAGAGUUUUGCCAGAAUUGGAAUGGUGCGAUGAGCAAAACUUCUCGGGUGUCUCGCGACAAGCUGAAUUAUGUGCAUACAAAACUUGCCAAUGGGUUUAGAAUCACCGUUCACAAUCCAGAUACAUCUCAGAUACUUGGUUUCUUGGUAUUUGAUAAGAAGAAAGGAAUGCUAGAACUGUGCAACUAUAACAGUCAACUAGCACGCGAGGUUCUCGAUAUGGGCGGUACAAGCAAAGCCGACGACGACGAAAUGGCGGGAACUCAUGGUGAAGGGUUCAAGCUUGCUGCGUUACUUAUGAUACGAGAAGGUUAUCAGGUUAGAAUUACUGCGUCAAAGUUCUAUUGGAACUUUCGCUGGGGGAUCAGGGAAAAGAAAACACUCUGGUGCUUUCUGAGCGAAGUCAAGAAGAAGCCUACCCAGCAAGAACUGAAUCCACAGAACACAGAAUCAUCGCUUUUCAGAGAUGCAAGUCCGUGGAAAGAUGUCUCUGUGAAGAUGGGGUGUGUUCGCGGGAAGCAAGGGAAGCCGAUCACGGAAGCCGAAGUGAUGGAGUGGCUUAAAGUCUGCAUUCAUUUCGAUCGCCCCAAGGAAAUCGUAUUUACACCAUCUGGUAAUUUGAUCUUGGACCCAAAUUUCGGCGGUAAAGUAUACUUAAAGGGACUCUUCUUAGAGAAAACAUCCAGAACACAUGCAAUCAAGUACGGUUAUGAUUUCUCACAGGGUCACAUCGGGCGAGACAGAAAAGGAAUAGAAGAUCCCGACCAGAUGGCAACUCUUUUGGCAGAAGUAUGGAAAGAAGCAGUCCAAAAAAACGGCUCUAGAAUGCUUGACAUGUAUAUUAAUAUGCUAUUGGAGAAGGAAAAGGCUUGGGACGAUACUAUCGACGUAGAUAAUAAAAUGACUCGGUCCAUAGCCAAAGCUAUCUGGUCCAGACUCCAAAAGAAGAAAGAUAACUUCUACUACGGCUCACAGAAUGCCGCAAAGGAUUCUGCAAUAAUCAAGUCAUUAUUGAAGAAAGAACCCGUUCUUUUGCCAGACAGAUUAUGGAAGACGUUGACAAAAUAUGAGCUGCCUCAGACACCAUUGGAAUACAGAAAGAAUAUAAUGUGCAAUUCCCAGACCGCGCCCACUCUAGACACACCGUAUUGCGCAAGUUUAAUGAGAACUUUGAGGGCUGCUUUAGCGUUGGAUCCGCAAACCCAACCUUUCUUGUUGGUGUUCAAGAAAGCUGGAAUAUCUGGACUCGAUUCAUAUCUGGAUGUCGAUAAUUCUAAGCUUCUUCUGCAUGAAAAAUGGAUGGAUUUUGAGAAAAGCCAUGGGGAGAAUAGCACAGACUGUAGCCUAUCGCACAUGCGAAAUACUGGAGAUGUCAUCAGCCCGAUUGAAAUAUUUUCUUGCGACCACAUUAUCAUCGAAAUUUGCAAUCAAGUACUGCAAGAGCUAGACAGGAUCAGAGCUGGUAAAGGUUCAAUCGGUGAUCGGAGCGUAGACUCCUUGAAAUCACAAGUCAGCGAGUGCCUCAAGGACAUGAUGCAAGGGAUCCAAGCUCUUCCAGGUCCCCAGAAAGGAGAAAUCUGUGUAUCCUGGGAAGAUAACGAAGCUGAAAAAUUAUUCAGACUUCAUCGUAUGAAGCUUCAAUGCUGUGUGACACUGCAUCGAGAAAGUACGUGCAGUCAUAAGCGGUCGGAAUUGUUAGCACGAGAAUCUUAUUUCCCUAUGGUCUCUAGAGCACAUACACCAAUCGCAUUCUUUGGCUUUCCUCCUGCAGCUCAGAAGCCGGCUCAAAACCAGUCAGUAACAGUCGUCAACACACCUCGACGGAGCUAUGUACGAAUGAAGCCGAACCUUGAUGAAAAAGGGUCACAAUUAGCUCCAGCUAACGAUAAAAAAGAGCUAAGUGAAGCUCUAGGUAAAGUUCAAAAGGCGAAUACUGAGCUCACGCGCACAAAACAAACUCUUAGUAGUUGUGGACUGCGACGCGACGAGCUCAAUCAGAAAGUCAUUAGUUUGCAAUCGCAAAAAGAACUCGCCUCAGUUGAAUUCGAUAAAAUUAAGGCCGAUAAUGCUUCAAAGAUUUCACAAAUACAUGAACUCGAAGCCAGGAUUCAAGAACUUACAUCCCAUCUGGAUACCGCCAACUUUGAGACUGCAGGUCUCAAGAUACAACUCGCCACAAUUCAAUCCGAGAAAAAAACUCUGCAGCAAAGACUCGACGAUGUUCAAAUCCAAAUUAACUCCAGCCAUUCGGAUUCUGAAGCACAGGAGACCAUCCAUGAACUACAAAAUCGCGUCCGUCGAAUGAAACUCAAAAUUGGAGAAUCUCAAAAGACUAAUGAGCGAUUGCGAGAAGAUAAGCGGGUAUUGGAAGCUCGUGCAAUAGAAGCAGAGAGCCAAAGAGCUGCGGCAAUUUUGCAAAGAAAUGAAUUCGUUAUCGAGAGAUACGAAGCAAGUAUUCAGGAGCAAUCAUCGAGUCAAAGUACGGCAACAUUCAGUAGGCAGAGUUCGAUCACCAGAAUUGGACGCGUUGCGGGGAUUAAGAGAGGUAGAAUUCCGAGUAUGGAUUUGCGCAUGAGAGAGGAAAGUGUUAUGAGGGGUGCUACAAGUAAUUCACACGAUGUGAAUGAAGAUCUUGAGAUGUACGGGGCUAGUCACCCACGUCAUAUGAGCACUUUGGUGAAAUCCGAGCGACAGAGCGGGAGUGGCACUGGUAGAUUGGUAAAGAAGCUUAGGAUGGAAAGUCGAGAGGUCAUUGAUUUGUCUGAAGAUUGA